AUGUGCACAUCCCUGUCAACCGUGCUGUAUGCGAUGAACAACAGGGAAUUCACCGAUGCCAAGAACGAGACGACGAGGUUCAUAUCCAGUUCAUCCCUCAGAACUCAGAAGAAUGACGCCUCAAGCUCGAUCUCAGGGGCUACGGAAGGGAACGCCCUGGGUGCCGCCGAGACCCUGGCUUCGAAACUCAAGAACCACCCGAAGGAGAAGAAGGCCGUUGUCAUCUUCAGGAUCUCCAAGGGCAUCAAGAUGCCGAACGCAUCGUUGAGGUGUGGCUCGUGGUGCGAUAUCUUGAAGGACCUAGCCCUCGACAGAUACGUCAAGAUUGGGUCCAGAGGCAAGGCUCCCGGCACCUUGAUCGCCAAGGUGUGCAUGGAAAUGAGGGACAAUAAGAACAUGCAAAGGCUGAGCGCGUACAAGCUCUUAACCAACGCCUACCCGUCCGCCGACAUUGAGCCCUCGAUUGGUGUCCUGUUGGAGGCUGCAUCUUCCAGAACGUCGCAGGGGACAUGCCGUCUCCUAGCUUGCCGACGGAGUCCGGGUGCUCGGUGUCGUGGACAAAUAUCUUCUCCCCUACCAGCCCGAUGA